UUCAUUGAGUCCCUGUCAGAUUUAUGAGAGAUGACAUCAUUCCCAUGUUGUGCAGGUCAGGUUUCCAUUGUCACACAGUCCUAGGAGGAUUAUCAUCAGUGACACGAGAGGCGGAACCUGCAGCGGCAGCUCCCGUGGAACGAGUUCAGUGACGGACACUGUGUGCCCUGCACAUCCUGUCCCCCAUGCGGUGAGGUGAGAUGCUGCCUCUCAGUGGGAUCCCCCUGCUCAGACACGCCGCGGCUCUCUGCCAAAGACUUACAGGAAGCCAUAUACUUCUCUGCUGUGACCCUAGGUACCUGAGACAGGACAGCCAGAGACACUACAAGUCCCAGCCUACACAUGGAAUCGGCAGAUAUAGGCAUCUGCUACCACCGGAGACUGAGCUGAAGAAGAAAAGCAAGUUCCAAAAAAAAGAGAUCAAACCUGGCACAGACUACGAGUAUGGUGCCCUGAACUUCUGCGUCUCCGGACACAACAUGCUCUAUGUCGAGCAUUUUGCUCAGUAUAUCCAUAAUUUCUUUAACCAUAUGUCCGUUAAAGUGGAGGAGAGCUACGCAAAGCCGACCAGGACUAAAGAGGUGAUGCUUCUGCAAGAUGUGGGGAACAAAAUGUUUUUGGACUCUGUACUGAGCACCCACGAGAGAGUUGUACAGGUCAGUGGGCUCAGUGCUACUUUGGCUCCUAUUAUCCUAGAAGUUCUGAUGAUGAACCAACCUGAGGGCGUCCAACUGCUGGUGAAAGAGCACACAGAGGCAGAUUACCUGGAGAGGUUCAAGUCGCGUCCAGAUCUGGAGAACCUGAGGGCGUCCAUGAACUGAGCUACCCGGGCAUCCACCAACGUGUAGAGACCAAAGGGUCCCUGAGAUGGAGAAGCAGGGACCAUGGCUUGUCAGAUACUCAGUGUCAGCAGAGCGCCAUCUAAUGUCUGUACAGAAGAUGCAGACGCUUCCUAGGAAAAUGUACAUGUAAUAUUUAUAAUAAAAACCUUUGCUGGACACA